CAAAGAAUACUAGGAAAAACGGAAAAACCGAAAAAAACAUUCAAUUCCCAACUGGGUUUGAUGAAUUUUCGUCAAGCCCUUUUGGGUUGUUAUGUCCUGUCCUCCUAAUAAGGAUAUAUCAUCAUAUGAAAGCCUCAACUAGCUCUCUCUCCAAAUUUGACUUUGAAAUUGCGUACAAUCCAAGUACCCUUUCAUUAUUUCUUUGCAUAUAUUAUUGGGGGAAUUUCCUUGUACAUGUGAAAAAAAUCAAAAGUUUCAAUUUUUUUCCUUGGAACAAUCUUUUUUGGUCUGUCAGAUACUGCUUCAGAUUACGAGAGAUAAAAAGGCUGUCUUUUGUUUUUUCUUUGGUUUUUUAAUUUUUUUUUUGAAUAGAUUAAACACAAAGAGAAAGAGAAAGAGAAAGAAAGAAAAGGGUGCGAGUCUGAAACAAUCUUUAAAUUUGUUCAAUUGCUUAUGUUUAUACAAUCUCUGUGUUUGUAAUAUCUACUUUUGAGCCAAUUGGGAUCUUAGCUGAUCUGGGUCUCUUCUGCUUCAACCAUCUUGAUUUUUUUCAAGAUGCUUUAUGAGCAGGUAUAAACCUCUUUGACCAUGAGCAGAUAACAUUUGGCAUAAUGGGUUGGUUUAGCAAGAUUUUUAAGGGCUCAAGCCAUAAAUUUUUGGAAGGGCAUUAUGAUUCGAAUUAUGCAGAAGAUCCAAAUCAUUAUGGACCUUCUACCUCAGGGGAUGUGUGGUCAGAGAAUGAUGAAGAAAUAGAUCGUGCUAUUGCAGAAUCUCUUUUAGAAGAAAAUCAAAGAGGAACAAGAGUGAUUGAUCGUGAUUCUCAAUUGGAAGAUGAUGAACAACUUGCCCGAGCUCUACAAGAGAGCCUAAAUUUGGAAAAUGUGGAAUCUCCGCCUCCCCGAUAUGGACAUGGGAAUAUAUAUCAACCCAUGCCAAUGUACUAUCCUUUGGGGUCAAGAAUUUGUGCUGGUUGCGGGACUGAGAUUGGUUACGGAAGAUAUCUGAAUUGCCUUAAUGCAGUUUGGCAUCCUGAAUGCUUCCGAUGCCGUUCUUGCAACCUACCAAUUUCUGAUAAUGAGUUCUCUACAUCUGGAAAUUAUCCAUAUCAUAAAGCUUGCUACAAGGAGAAUUACCACCCAAAAUGUGAUGUUUGCAAGCACUUUAUUCCAACAAAUCCUGCUGGUCUAAUUGAAUAUAGGGCACAUCCCUUUUGGAUCCAGAAAUACUGCCCUUUUCAUGAACAUGACAAUACUCCUCGGUGUUGCAGCUGUGAGAGAAUGGAGCCACGAGACACAAGAUAUGUUUCCCUUAAUGAUGGUCGGAGGCUCUGUCUGGAAUGUCUGGACACUGCAGUCAUGGAUACCUAUGAAUGCCAACCUCUAUAUCUUGAUAUACAAGAAUUUUAUGAAGGUUUGAAUAUGAAAGUGGAGCAGCAAGUUCCGUUACUCUUGGUUGAAAGACAAGCAUUAAAUGAAGCAAGAGAGGGAGAAAAGAAUGGACAUUAUCACAUGCCUGAGACCAGAGGGCUCUGCCUUUCUGAGGAGCAAACCAUCAGCACUGUAAGGCGAACAAGGAAUGGGGCUGGAAAGAGAAAUGUGAACAUGGUAACAGAGCCCUACAAACUAAGCCGUCGUUGUGAGGUGACUGCAAUUCUCAUCUUGUAUGGUCUUCCAAGGUUGCUUACUGGAUCAAUCCUAGCUCAUGAGAUGAUGCAUGCAUGGCUGCGACUUAAAGGUUACCGGACUCUCAGUCAAGACGUUGAGGAAGGUAUCUGUCAGGUUCUAGCUCACAUGUGGUUGAGUUCCAAGCUCAUGUCAGGCAGCAAUGUUGCAUCAAGCUCGUCGUCUACUUCCACUGUAUUGAAAAGGGGUACAGGGUCUCAAUACGAAAAGAAGCUCGGGGAGUUCUUUAAACAUCAGAUUGAAUCAGACAUAUCCCAUGUGUAUGGAGAUGGAUUCAGAGCUGGCCAACAGGCAGUGCAUAAAUAUGGUCUUCCAAGCACCCUUAACCAUAUACAGAUGACAGGGUGCUUUCCUCCUUGAUGAAAAGUCUGUCUAGGUCCUUUGACUUUUUUUUUUCUUCUUUUUAUAGGGUGCUUCCUCUUUCAAUUUACUGAGUUUCAAUCCUGGCCUUUCCAUAUUAGAGCCUAAAGGCCAAAACGUGUAAGAACAAGUCUUUAUAGAAUAGUUUUGACAAGUGCUAAUUUUUA